GGUAGAUACUAAAUAGAAACAUCGAUACACGUCAUUUCAAAAAGAUUAUUUCAUAUGAUUAUUACCAAUCGCUAUGACAAAAGACAUUCAAAGAAUUGUUAUUGUUUGCGCAUUAUUCAUUUUUUCGGUCAACUCUACAUUUGCACUACAUAGAGACACGUCUAAUGGCUGCAACAAUAUAAACCGAAACCAAAAGGAUCAAUGUUUAGAACGAACGAAAAAAAUGGCUUAUUUCGGAAAUACGCUACGAAAAAUUAAAGACACUACGCAUGAAUUCGGAAAGAACAUUUAUGAUCAUUUAAACGUAGGUUUCAAAAGUCUCCUAAAUGAAGAUGAUAUUCGACAAUACGAGAAGUUAGUUAUAAUGAAAAAAUAUCCUUAUUUAGAUAUUCAUGAAUUAGACAUGAAAUAUUUCCCAUUCGCUUCAAAAAAAGGUAUAAAUAGUGAUCGUUUGUAUUUGGAUCGAGGAGCUCAACAUGAAGCAAGCUUUAGUGAUCUCGGAGAAGAUAAAAUAAAUGUAGAAAUAACAAACAGAGGUCUCUCUGGCCUUGUCAUUCCACCACACUUGUCUAAGCAUGGAAUGAUAGAUUCAAAAAGUGCUAUAAAAUCGGAUGAAAACUCCGAUAACUUUAUUUUGACCAAAAAAUCACCUAAUUCAAAUGUCUUGCGAACUUUGACAAGGGACAUUAAUGAGUACUUCGAUAAAAGAAAUUUUCCUGCACUUUAAGUCUCUUCUUACCAAUAAGAUAAAGUACCAAGUGUCAGUGUGUAAGAAGUAUUAUGUGUCUUAAAUAAACGCAUCUAUUAAUAG